GGGGCCAACGUCGCCUGUGGCAAAGUUUCGGAAUGGGAGUAGGAGCUGCUAAAGGCUCCCAGUGAGAACUCCCGUGUCUGGUUGUCUCAGGGUUCUAACUAUAUUUACAUCCGGAAAGAGAGGCACGCAUAUUGCAGUUUCGGCGUGUACGAUUGUCACUCAGCUUCGUCACAAAAUUGCAGCUAUGUCGGAGGACCUAAGUUCCCAGCCUUGGUCCAUCAACAAAGAUGAUUAUGAACAACAGGAGGUGAUCGGAAGUGGCGCUACAGCGGUGGUCCAGGCCGCCAUCUGCGUGCCCAGAAAAGAGAAAGUGGCCAUCAAACGCAUCAACCUGGAGAAAUGCCAGACCAGCAUGGACGAACUUCUGAAAGAGAUCCAGGCAAUGAGCCAGUGCCACCACCCCAACAUAGUGUCCUACUACACCUCCUUCGUGGUCAAGGACGAGCUCUGGCUGGUGAUGAAGCUGCUCAGCGGGGGCUCGGUGCUCGACAUCAUCAAGCACAUCAUUUCGAGGGGGGAGCACAAGUCCGGAGUCCUGGAUGAACCAAGCAUAGCUACCAUCCUUAAGGAGGUCUUGGAGGGGUUGGAGUACCUCCAUAAGAAUGGACAGAUUCACAGGGACGUGAAGGCUGGGAACAUUCUGCUUGGGGAAGACGGAUCGGUGCAAAUUGCAGACUUUGGAGUGAGCGCCUUUCUGGCAACGGGCGGUGACAUCACCAGGAACAAAGUGCGAAAGACCUUUGUGGGCACACCCUGCUGGAUGGCCCCAGAGGUCAUGGAACAGGUCAAGGGAUACGACUUCAAAGCAGACAUAUGGAGCUUCGGGAUCACGGCCAUUGAGCUGGCAACGGGGGCCGCGCCCUACCACAAGUACCCACCCAUGAAGGUCCUCAUGCUAACCCUGCAGAAUGACCCCCCCUGCUUGGAGACGGGUGUCUCAGACAAGGAGAUGGUGAAGAAGUACGGCAAGUCCUUCAGGAAGAUGAUCUCGCUGUGCCUGCAGAAGGACCCAGAGAAAAGACCAACGUCAUCAGAGCUACUGAAGCACAAAUUCUUCCAAAAAGCAAAGAACAACGAAUAUUUACAAGAAAAACUCCUACAGAGGGCUCCAACAAUUAGAGAACGGUCCAAAAGGGUGCGCAGGGUGCCUGGUUCCAGUGGGCGUCUCCACAAGACCGAGGAUGGUGAGUGGGAGUGGAGCGACGAUGAGCUGGAUGAGGAGAGUGAGGAGGGCAAGGCCGCUGUAGCUGCUCUGCGGUCACCCAGAGUUAAGGAAGGACCACAGACUACAGAGCUCUUCUCAUCAGAUCCCCCAAGUAGCCAUUUUCAACCAGUGGUCCAGGACCAGGCUCCUUUACCUCAUGAUUCUGGCCCGGUUGUCCCAGCUGCUGUUCCCCCCACGGCACCCACCCCUGCGGCCCCGGGUCCGGGUUCCGAUGGUGCCAAAUCUGCCAUCAGCCUGGUACUAAGGUUGAGAAAUUCAAAGAAGGAACUAAAUGAUAUAAGAUUUGAAUUCAUGCCCGGAAGAGACACAGCUGACGGGGUCUCCCAAGAGCUGGUCUCCGCAGGCCUAGUGGAUGGCAGAGAUUUAGUCAUAGUUGCUGCUAAUUUGCAGAAAAUAGUUGACAAUCCUCACAGCAACAGGAAUUUAACUUUCAAACUGGCCUCCGGUGUAGAAGGGUCUGAAAUUCCCGACGACGUAAAACUUAUAGGAUUCGCUCAACUCAGCAUUAGUUAAACUUUAGUGUCCCUGGACAACCAGCUUGCCUGAAACAAAAAUAGACAUCAUCAACCUAAAGAAACCACUACUGCCAAAGAAAAGAAAAAUAUCAUAUUGUCAACCCCAUAGGAUUUGGAAGCAUCACGUUAGGAGUAGGAUUGCCAACGGAUAUUAACAUAGGAAUUGUAUAUUAGUGUUUACAGUUAUAUGUUCUGAAGGAUUAUCACCAUUGUCCAAAAACCAGAUAUUAGUUCUAGCCUUAGUUCCGUAUUGGUUAUCAUUCAUUAAAUGCAUUUGCACAAUGUGAACUAACACUGGUGAUCAAAUUAUGCCUUAUCUUCUGAAUUACUAUUGACUCGUACUCACGGGGAUGUGCCACCUACAGUUCUAAUUACGGUGUUUGAUCAUGAACCGGACAGAGUGUGGUCUUGGCUGUGCUUGUUUUCAAUCGGAAGAGAGCCUCGGAUAUGCCAUCGAGUAUCUUGUUCUUCAAAGCUUGGGCCGGGACCAAUGGGACGGUAGUUGAAAGGUCUUGCCCGAACUUACGUGCCACUGAUUCCUAAACCAGAACCGCCUAUCAGGCACCGAUUACAAGCUUAGAGAUGUUUUAUGUCUCGGUCUCGGGAGUGCCAUAACGUGUCAUAUGCCAGAAGCGCUCACGGUGCUGCGAGGACCGUCAUGCCAAGGUAAAGAUCACAUGUUUACUAGAAACCGAGCCCAGCUUGUUUGUGUAACUAACCCAGAGUCACAGUUGCAAAACCUCUGACACACUCCAUGACUUGCUGUUCAUAUAUGUGACCGUACAGCCUCCCUUCUGCCUUGUUUACUGUGAAGAUGUUUCUCAGAUCCAGCAGCGUGAGUGGAAACAUCAUGUGGAACCAUGUUUCUUCAUCUCUUUUUUUUUUUUUUUUUUUUGCGAGUUGUGUGUCAUAGAAGUUUCGGAUCAGCGCGUGUCCGUCUUAAGCUCCCCAAUUGGAAGACCUAAUAUGCACAAACGUACAUUUCGAAUGAGUCUCAUGUGCUCUCACUUGCUGGUAAUCCCACUUAAACCCUUUCAGAUCCGUGUUAGUUUUUCAUGUCUGCCCGUGAAUUUGAUCGGAUCCAUUGUGCGUCCGCAAGAAUUUCAUUUGGGAGAUUUUUGUCACCGUAGAAAACUUAUGUGUGCCGCCGCUUGUGGGUCUGUGUAGUGCUCACCCAGCUGUGACCUCUGAACUGGCUUCUCAGAUUCAAGUGCAUAUUAGCGAACAAUUAACGUGGAGCGGAAUGCUUUAUUCAUAGCGCGUAAAUAACAUUUUGGUGGUUUUCUACUGGCCGUUAUACGCAUUGCCUUUUGAUCUUAAAAUAUGUACACUGUAUAGGGGGUUGGUUAUGGGCGUAGCAUAUAAUUUAAUGUUUUUCUGGGUUGAUGUCAUCAUGGUUUAAUGCAGAAAGCUUGUUUUCAGUUUGCGGUCUCUGUUUUCCUCACUGAAUGUUCUUCGUUUAAGGUAUAAUGGGUAGUACCUCUGCUUAAUCCUCUAAAACGCUAAGCCGGGUGAAUCAAUUAAACUUUUGGCAAGAGCCUAACUGAAACUCUGCUGUGCUUAAAUUUGUUGACAACAGAUGUCUUUUAAAAUGUUUUGUCUUUACACACAGGCACGCAUGCCCUGCUCAACACGUGCAGAAGAUAAAUAUGUAUUUAUUUUUGUCAGUCAUAUUUUCUUUCGACAUUAAAAUUAUCUGUCCUGCAACUCUUGCUAGCAGCCCAGAUCUUUAGCCAGUUCCAGCAUCGCGGAAAUAGACCGAUCUUGAUUUUUGCUUGUGAUUAGCUGGGAAAACGGGAAAUCUGUGUGUGUUAUGUUUAUAAAACGAUUGCGUGCUGCGUUCGGUUAUAAACGCCAGGUCGAUGUGGCUUUUUGACUCGAUGCUGUGUACUGAUGCACACUGUUCCAUGUGAGAGCUGGGAGGUCAUUUUUGCAGCCCACGUGUUUGCCUGUCGUCGUUAUGCUUCUGGGAUGUGUGCUUUUGUGCAGUUUGAGAUUCUGUGUGGUGUUGUCACUAAUUCUCCAGCACACAGCACAGUAAUUAGUCUAUUUGUGGAUGCUCUUCCAAAGGCUAUGCUGAGCAUUUGAAUCCCAAGCAUUUCUGACUCUUGGAUCAUGGAGCUGGAUUAAAAUGUCAAGUAAAAUGACUGUUGUCUGAGAUCCAAGCUGUGAACUAGAGCUUGCAGUAUAUUCUUGCUUGAUUUUUUUAAAAAGAAUUGGCCGUUGAAUAAUGACUGUCUACUCUGCAUUAGAGAACUUUAGUCGUUACUUGAUUUUAUUGAAAAUAAUUCUUUUUCAGCAGUACAAACUCUGAAUCAUCUUAUGUAUAUAAAUUGUACAAAAAGUAGUAUUAUUUGAAAUGAUUUGUAAUGGAUUAAAUUUAAUUUUCUAAGGAAUAGAAAUGAAUGACCAAUGACAUUUCUACCAGUUUUCUUUUGUAAUAAAAGGUAAUCCCUUCCUCUAGAUGUUACUGGGCAACACAAUCCCUGUUCAAAUUGAAUAUAUAAAAAUGUAAGUGUUAUCUAAACAAUGAAGAAAAUUCAGUGCCAUUAUAGCCCUCCAGUAAACUAGUGUUUUCUUAACUGGAUACUUUCCAAAACAUAAGAUUCUGUUAAUUUGUUUUUAUAUGUAUUUUUUUUUUCACUUUCAGGUCUCUUCCCCUUUUAGUUUCUUGUCUGAUUGUAUUAUAUCGUAAAUGAAUUCCAGUUAUGUGCUGAUGCCUUUAUGUACCAUAGAAUAUCACAGAGUAUCAAAGCUGUAAAAUAUUUAGUUUUAAAAUUUCUUUUAUUUAAGUUUUAAGUUGUUGGUUCUCUUAUUUGUUGGCUUCCCUCUUUUAUUGGUUAUGGAUUUCAAUGCAUGUUCUGAUGAUUAUUUGUUAAUAAAGAAUGGAUUUAUCAGCCAGCUA